AUGUUUCUGGCGCCUACCCGCGAUGCGAUUGUUUUGCUCCUCUCGAUGCCCGUUCUUGCGGACCACUCAGUAGCGUUUGUUCGCGGUGGCUGUGUUUCUCGCCCCACCUGCGCGCCUCGAAUCUUAAACGCUCCCAUUCAUGGAUUCGCCUUCGCUGUGACGGGGAGCGAAUACUAA